UUGUAAAGUUUAUGUUUUAUAUAAUGAAAAUGAUUAUUAGGAUUUCAUUCAAAAUUACCAGAAUGUGUCCUUCUCUCAGCCUGAUCUAUAGGUAUGAUGCUCCUGAGGUAAAGAUUAUGAUCUGGCUGUAUUUUAUAUAUUUUUUCAAAUAUAAAGCUUUACUGUCAAGCUUGCUGCAGCAACAGGAAAAGUUGCCGCCACAAACAGGAAGUCCCCUCACAGGCCAGACCAUUUCCUUUCGUAGAAGCACCCGGCCCCCCGUCCACGUCAGAGGCUGAGUCAAUAGAGGAACACGGCCACUAAAUGAGAAACAGCUUGUGUGUUGCAGGAGGAGGAGGAGCAUCAACUGGAGACAGUAAGAGGAAGUGAAGGAGGGACGUGAAGACGGUGUUGACUGACCUGAUGAUUCCUACACACUCGUUCACUCACUCUCUCACUUUCACGAUGAUGAAAAUCUAUGUUUACUUUUGUCUUCUUUCUGGUCUGAGUGUUGUGCAGAUGAAGCCUCUGAACAUAAAUGGUCAUGUUGGUGAAAGUGUGACAAUCAGCUGCUCAGACUGGAACGUUUGGACUGAUGUAACAGAGAAUGUCAAGUACUUUUGUUACAGUCCAUGCACGGAGGAUCAUCACAUCAUCAUCAAAGCAGCAUAUGAAAAAAUUGAAAAUAAAAAUGGAAUAAAGUUAUAUAACCAAGGAAAAACCUUGUUCGUGGCCUUCAGCAAUCUCCAAAAGUCAGACUCCAAAACAUACUAUUGUAGAGUGGAGAGAUUUGGCGCUGACGCAUAUAUAGAGGUGAAUCUAAAAGUCACUGAUGCUCCGUCCCCCAGUCCCAGCAUGACUCCACAAACUGUCAUUGUUGUUCCCACCUCCUCAUUUACAAAGAGCUCCACGAUGUCUUCUAACAGCUCAGAUGUUAUUACUGAUACGUCUACAUCAUACACCACCCUCAAUACACCACCUGCUGCACCAGCACAAGGAUCUGUUAAAGUUGUGUCAGGUGCUGUUACAGCAAACAGAGAAACACAACAGGACGCUGGAUACGAAGAAAUAAGACUUGUAGACCAAACCGACCCAGAUGCUCUCUAUUCUAAUUAUUCCUACCACCAAGUCAAGGAUUUACCAGUUGAGAGGCGUGAUGGAUAUUCAGACACUCUUUAUUUAAAUCAAGCUGCCAUCUUCAUGGACAAUUCAAGGGGGGCGUGUAGAAAGAGCGCGGGCACAUUUGACUCUGUGUACUCUGUUGUUCAACAUCCCAAAGAGCAAAUGAAUCCCUCUGUGCAAUGUAAAAGAAAUCAACCUGAGAGCGCCAAAGAGAACUCUCUCUACUCCCUGGCUCAGCGACCACAGGCAACAAGAAAAAUGCCCAAAAAUUAGCUUUCUAGAGUAGACCUUUUUUUUUUUAUGGAAAUAAGUAAAAAUAGACAAAAAAGGAAAGAAUUAAUUAAAUUAUAUUGAUAUCCACACAAUGUCACUUCCAUCUAUCCUGUCAAUAAGUCUAAUUACUAUUGUCUGCGUUGUAACUUCAUUACUUAGUCAAAGGCAGUUAAAGAGUGAAAUCUUGUCCAUAAAAUGUACAUUACAUGUAAUUUAGCUGACGCUAUUAUCCAAAGCGACUUACAUUGCAUUUUUAAACCCGUGGCUUGUUUUGUUUUUUACAUUUUGCCUGGGGAGCAAUUAGGGGAUGGGUGUCUUGCUCUGGGACACUUUGACAUGGGACAUGGAGCUAUAAGGGUUUCAAACCACCAACCUUGUGGUUCCUGGCUCACCCACUCUACUCCAAGCACCACCACCACCGUCCGCAGAUCAAGUCUGUAUUGCAACACGAGAAAAAUAUUUAAAGACAUUUCUGACCUUGAAAUAUUAGUAUAUUUAUUAUUGUCAUUCAGAAUUUAAAUCUCUGGCAAGAACAGCAAAUGUAGUAUAGUGUAAACUUGCUGUUAGAUGUGUAACACUCAAAUAUAUACACAAUUAAAUCAGCCUUUGCUACCAUGAUUCAUCAAGUAUUUAAUUGAUGCUGCUUCUUCUGCAUCUGAACAAUCUGAAGACUUUGUCAAAACCACCUUAUGGAGCCAAAGACUGUUGUAUAGUAUCUCAACAGGACAUUUAAAUAUGGAUCUUUUAUUAUUUAUAUUGCAGCCCUUUUGCUUUUUAAUAUCAGAUGAUUUAAAGUGUCUAAAUUUACCUCCUACAUGUUUAGCCCUUUUAUAAAUAUUUUGAAUAUUAUGAAAUCCAGUGUUCUGAUUGGUUGAGUGUCAGUCAUGGGGGGUGUUAUUAUGCCCGACGCGCAGGAGAUAAUGUACACCCUCUCGUUACACCUUAUUGCCUAAUUAUUGUCCUAAUAAACCUGAGAUUUGAUCUUAGUUUUUUACUGUUA